CACCCUUCUUUCUCUCUCUCUCUCUCUCUCUCUCAGUCUUUCUAAACUAUUGAAGCUAAGAAACCUAAAACAACCAAGCACUUCCCAUCUCCCUAAAAAGCAAUAAAAAAGCUACCCAAAAACCCACUACCCUCGAAAAGAAGAUAAGAUCUUGUUCAUAUUCACUUACCAAUUCAAGUCUCACUUAGCUUCAAGAACCUCGGAUCCAUCUCAACUGGUUUUUGCUGUUUCUCCCAAUCUUUAAUUUUAGGAAAAUAUCACCGAUCCCAAUUCAACCCCCCUUAUCUUCUUUUUGGUUCAGGUAGCUAGAAAGCAAAUCAAGAUCCAAGAAAGCUUCAAAAUCCAUUCCUUUUCCAACAAAAAGAGGGUUCAGAUUCCCUUUUUUGAUUUUCGAGUCUGCCUAGAAAUCACUACAACGUUGUUGUUUGGUUUUAAUUUUCUCUCCAUGUCUGAUAACCCAUUCUAUUUCCAUAAUCACAUGGGAAGUGGAAGGAUCAACACAUUCCCUUUCUUCGGCGAUGAUAACUCCGACCACAACCCUUCUUCUAUCUACUCUUCCUCCGAUCAUCACCCGCCGCCGUCUGCUCCGACACAGAAUCUCCUCCACCAAGAAUUCCUCCCUUCUCCGUUCAUGAGUUUCACCGAGAGCUUACAAGGCUCCAUGGAUUACCACACUCUCUCCAACGCUUUUGGGAUGUCUUGCUCUUCGUCCGAGGUUGUCUGCACUCCCACAGAUCAUCAUCAUCAGCAGCAGCAACAGAACCAGGAAUCUUCUAGAAAGAGUAGUGUUUCUGCGGGAGAGGCGGCGGGGGAGAAUAUUCCGUUUGUGGCGGCGAAUUCAUCGGUGUCUUCCUCGUCCAGUGAGGCUGCAGUGGGAGACGGAGAAGAAGAUUCCUCAAAGAGCAACAAAGAUCUGUUACUGCCCAAAGGGUGUGAGGACGGAGAUGACAAGUCCACAAAAAUAAACAAAGGUGCAGCGAAGAAGAAAGGGGAGAAGAAGCAAAGGGAACCAAGAUUCGCCUUCAUGACAAAAAGUGAGAUUGAUAAUCUUGAAGAUGGAUAUCGCUGGAGAAAAUACGGACAGAAAGCUGUCAAGAACAGUCCGUUUCCCAGGAGUUAUUACAGGUGCACGAGCCAAAAGUGCACCGUGAAGAAGCGUGUGGAGAGAUCAUACGAAGACCCAACAAUCGUGGUGACCACCUACGAAGGGCAGCACAACCACCACUGUCCGGCGACUCUACGCGGCAAUGCGGUGGCGCUGCUGUCCCCAGCGUCAUUCUUGUCACCAUCUCCGGCCGCACUCAUGCCCAAUUUCCAUCAAGACCUCUUGCUCAAUCCAAUGCUCUCCGGCGCCCCAAAUUUCCAGCCUUCAUCCAUGUACGGCGGCUAUCAUCUUCACCACAAUCACCAUCUUGGCCUCAACCCUCACCACUAUGAUCAUCAGAUCACCCAAUCGCCAGUCGAUCAGUACACUUUAUUCCAGGACAUGGUUGUCUCAUCAUUGGGCCAUAAACAGGAGCAUCCAUGAGAUGGAGAGAGUACGUUAUUCUUCCUGCACGCCUUGCUCCUGUUCAACCAACAUUUAUGUAUAAUAUAAAUGUGUAGUCUCGAUCAUCACUAUCAUUUUAAUUUUAUAAUUGAGAGACGAAACAUAUUUUUCAAUUCAGUAUUAGAGCCAUUAAUGUUUAUAUUUAUUGUCGGAGCUACCGGGAUGGGAGAGUGGGGUAUAUAUAUAGACAGUGAAGGGCAUGGGAGGCUUAUUUUUCAGUUUUCACCUUGUGAGAUUAUGAUGUGUUUAUUUGGUCAUGAACUUGUUGAGUCUUCUUUGAAGAUAUUGUAGAUGACUGGAAUUAAAUUAUUUUUGAUAAACAUUUUCUCUUAUAUGUGCUCAAA